AUGAAACCAAUAAAAUUUUCAAUAUUAUUUGUUUUAUUGAUAUGUCUGUUGCAUAGCCAAUGGAUUAUUGCUGGAAGUUUAACUGAAGUACAACCAGAUGCUCGAUUUAUUUCACGAAUUCAUUCACCACUUGAUUGUACUCAAUACAAUGAUGAUUAUGAAAUUCUUUCGUCAUUUUCAUUUGUUACUCAUCUUAAUCCAAUAUCAUCAUCUCCGCUACAAACUUAUGGUUUAAUGGAUUCGAAUGAAAGAGUUUACAAGUUAAUUAUUGUUAAUCAAAAAUUUGUUCCACUCACUGUUUUUUGUUUAAAGUCUUUGGGAGAAUUAAAUAUAACAAAUACGAGUUUUUAUGAAUUUCAAUUAGACGAUAAUUCUAUUCGCACACUUCCUUCUGAAAUUGCGUUGCGUGCAUCAUCACUCAAAUAUUUGUAUGUUUAUAAUACUCUAGUUGCUCAUUUGCCUGAACAAAUAGGCAAAUUGAAAAAUCUACGGGUACUCGAAUUGUCCAAUACUGGUCUUCUUGAUGUUCCAAAUUCUAUUGGUGAUUUAUCUUCACUAACACAUUUGCUACUUCCUUCCAACAAACUAACAUCGUUACCGGCAACUCUUGGAAACCUUCCCAAUUUGAUCACUGUAAGGAUAGAAAUUAAUACACAAUUACGUUCAGUGCAAUCUCUCAAUGGUCUUCCAAAACUUCAAACCUUACACACACAUUACUGCCCAAUCGAGCGUCUUCCAUCUAAUUUACCAGAUCAGCACCUCUUAUAUAUGCAUGCUAAUAAUCUAACAGAUCUUGUUAAUAUUCGAACAUUGGGUAAUAAUUCGAAUCUCAAUAAAUUUUUUUAUUUUUCCAAGAAUCGUAUUCAUUCUGUUCCACCACAAAUUGGUUAUGUACGUAAUCUAUAUCGACUCGAUCUCGACUAUAAUGAAUUGUCUAGUUUACCUUCAGAUCUUCUUAAUGUUGCUACACUUCAUGAUUUAUUUAUUCGUAAUAAUCGUUUUAGUAUUACUGAUUUACAAACAAUUGCUCAUCAAUUCAAUACAACAAAUCCAGAUUUAACUUUACAAUAUUAA